AUGCAAUAAACGUUGGGAUAAGGGUCUUUUGGUUGGGUCACUUUAGUAAGGGAGAUUUAGACUGGGAAAUUAUUUGCAAUGAAAGCUAUGAAGAAGGCGGAGCUCUUCAAGUAUUGCACAAUUGAUAAUUUGAAGAGGGAGAUAAAAAUUUAACGUAAAUUGAAUCACCCUCAUAUUAUUGAUCUGGAUAGUUAUUUCGAGGACAAGACCAAUGUAUAUCUCAUUCUGGAGUAUGCGGAAGGCGGUUCUCUAUUUAAAAGGAUAAAGAAGCAGCGUCGACUUUCUGAGGAUGAGGCCUAUCAUUAUCUCUAUUAGACUUGUUUGGGAAUCGAGUACUUGCACAAGAUGAAGAUUAUCCAUCGUGAUAUAAAGCCUGAAAACCUUCUGUUGGAUGCGAAGGGGAACAUAAAGAUAUGCGAUUUCGGAUGGUCUACGGAGAUGGACAAUCUGAAAAAGGCAUUUUGUGGGACCAUUGAAUACAUGGCACCGGAAAUGAUCAAGUCUCAAAGUACGAACUAUAAAUUGGACAUCUGGUGUUUGGGGGUUCUGCUGUAUGAGAUGGUGCAAGGGAAGCCUCCAUUUACAGGGAAAAAUGAUCAGGAAAAGUGUGUUGCAAUUCUAUCAGGGUAGCAGUUGAAAUACGAGGAAUCCGUGAGUGAAGAUUGCAAGUCGUUGAUUGCGAUGAUUCUACAGCCGAAUCCAUUUAACAGACCUUCGAUUUAAGGUAUUCUCAAUCAUAAAUGGAUGUUAUCUAAGUAACAAUCUAAAUCUUACAAUGACCAAUUGAAUUCCAGAAGCAUCUCUAUGUUGAUGAUGGAAGAAUAUAGUCAUUCUCCUUUGAAAUCUUGUCAAACUGUGGUUUCUGAAAGGAAAACCAACAACAAGGAAUGGGAAGAGUCGAAACAAAGAUCUCACCAUUUUGUUUUCCAUCAACCUUAACCAGUAAACGAACAACCAGAACAAACUUUCUUCAGAAGAGUCUUGAUUUCUCUUGGUUGUAUAAAUCGUUGAAAAUUAUAUAUUUUAAAUUCGUCUAGAUUCGAUUAA